AUGGAGCUUGGAGAGCGCAAUUGCCCCUAUCUAUCUGUGCGUGUUCAAAUGAUGUAAUGCAACGGCAUAUGUGUGGGUGAGAAGGGAGAGGGAACAUGUUAUUUUUCUCCGUGGUUAAACUGGAUUUACAGUACCGGGCUCGCGCUGUCCCCAAUUGAGUGGCAUUAUCAUGUACGGCGAUGGAGAGGGCACUGUUUGGGACAGAGUCGGACGCCCCCGACGAGACUGCAUGUGCUACCUCGGACCUCCGACAACUUUGAUGCCCAUCGGGAUGCGGAAGUCUCCCGAUGUGAGUCCCAGACGGCUUUCGGACAUCAGCCCCCAACUGAGACAACUAAAGUAUCUGGUUGUGGACGAGUCUAUCAAAGAGGACACUUUAAAAUCGUCCCGUUCCUUUGAAGACAUUAACAGCGCGUCGAUAGAGGAGAGGAUCUUGAGGAUCACUGGAUACUACGGCUAUCAACCUUGGAAUGCUGUCUACACCAACAGAGAAGACCGUCCCAGAGAGAAUGUGGUGGGCAGCACAGCGGACGGCCAGGCGGCAAACGGCGGGGCGCCGGGGGCGGAGCCUGCUACAGGGAGGUGGAGACUUCGUUGCUGCAUCAAAGUCACGGCCGUACAGGUGCGGAAGGCGCUGUGGGGCGUUGCCAUGGUGAUGUGUGUGUGCUCAUCGUGGGCGGGGUCCACCCAGCUGGCCAAGCUCACCUUUAAGCAGUUUGACGCUCCAUUCACCCUCACCUGGUUCGCCACCACCUGGAACUGCCUGUUCUUCCCUCUCUACUACAUCGGACACCUGUGUAAGAGCCCUGAGAGACAGACCCCCAGACAGAGGUUCAGGGAGUGUUGUCGGUUCUUUGGGGACGAUGGGCUGACAGCCAAGGUGUUCUUCACUAAGGUGGCUCCGUUUGGAUUGCUGUGGAUCCUCACCAACUACCUGUACCUACAGGCCCUGAGGAAGAUCAACACUACAGACGUGUCAGCUCUGUUCUGCUGCAACAAGGCCUUCGUAUUCCUGCUCUCUUGGAUCGUACUGAGAGACCGCUUCAUGGGGGUCAGGAUCGUGGCGGCCAUCUUUGCCAUCGCUGGCAUCGUGAUGAUGACGUACGCUGACGGUUUCCACAGCCACUCUGUCAUGGGGAUCACCUUCGUUGUGGCCUCCGCUUCUAUGUCUGCACUCUACAAGGUGCUCUUUAAAAUGGUCCUGGGCAGUGCCAAGUUUGGGGAGGCAGCGCUCUUUCUGACGAUCGUCGGCGGGGCUAAUUUUGUGUUCAUCAGCUUUGUGCCAGUCAUCCUGUACUUCACCCAUGUGGAAUACUUUGGUUCUCUUGAGGACAUCCCCUGGUUAUACCUCUGUGGGGUAGCAGGCCUGCUCUUUGCUUUCAAUAUCCUGGUGAACUUUGGCAUUGCCAUCACGUACCCCACAUUAAUCUCUCUGGGCAUCGUCCUGAGUGUCCCUGUCAAUGCCAUGGUUGACCUGUACACAUGUGAGAUCCACUUCAACGCAGUGCGUCUGAUUGCCGUGUUGAUCAUCUGCCUGGGCUUCCUGAUGUUGCUGCUUCCAGAGGACUGGGACCAGUGCUUCAUCCAGCUCCAUGCUAAGCUGCAGAGUAAACGGGAGGAACCAGCCGAGGAGGAGGCAGGGCCCGGCUCCAGCCUCAACUGGAGCAGGAGAGCAAGGCCCUCCAUGUCUACCUUUACACACUGACCACUGUUUAAUGUGGAGGGACGGACGGACACACUGAAACAGACAGGCAGAGGCAAACACGCACACGAAUGGAUGAAUGGACAGAUGGACAGAUACAGACACACAUACAGUGUACAGACACACAUACCGAUACACACACACACACACACCUUGGACACUUGAUUGCCAUGAUGACCUGCAUGGUCGACCUCUGCCCUCCGCCCUCUCUCUUUCCCCUUCCCUCUCACUAGUUUCUGCCUGGAAACCUUUCUGUUGGUCUGUCAGUCCGUCUGGGUCUGUUCAAGACCUUUUCAUUUCACUGCAAAAAGCACUGAUAUCAAUGUUUGUUCAUUUCACAAUCAACAAACAAUUAUUUCCUACUUGACCUCCACCAUUUUAGAAGUCAUCAGAGUUGGUGCAUGGGCUCACGUCAUUUAGCAAUACCUCAAAGUCAUUCCAUUGGACUGAUACAUGUAUUUACAUCAUGCCUGGGAAGACUUGCAAACUUGCCUUUGCUUUUCAAAAGACAAGGAUAGAUUGACAGACUAAUAAUAGUUACAUGUUUUUGUCAGACUGAUGAUGGACUUUCUGGCUUUAACAUCGUGUUCCUAUCAACCUCCAAGAUCCAGAGAAGAAGAGAACCAGGAGAGACAGAGUUCUGGUGGGCAUGUCCCUGUUGUCCCUCAGGUGUCAACAUCAUGUUCCUAUCAACCUUCAAGGUCCAGAGAAGAAGAGAACCAGGAGAGACAGAGUUCUGGUGGGCAUGUCCCUGUUGUCCCUCUGGUGUCAACAUCAUGUUCCUAUCAACCUUUAAGGUCCAGAGAAGAAGAGAACCAGGAGAGACAGAGUUCUGGUGGGCAUGUCCCUGUUGUCCCUCAGGUGUCAACAUCAUGUUCCUAUCAACCUUCAAGGUCCAGAGAAGAAGAGAACCAGGAGAGACGGAGUUCUGGUGGGCAUGUCCCUGUUGUCCCUCAGGUGUCAACAUCAUGGCAAAGACCUGCCUUUAGUGCACUGUAGAUCUCCACAGCCCAAUUCCAAACAGACGCUAGCCCCUAACCCUAGCCCCUAAACCCUAGCCCCUACUACUUUGGCACUUCAUGUAGAUCUGAAAAGAUUAGAUAGGUAUAAUCAGUACGGUAAUGAGUCCAUAUUGUCCUCUAUUAGAUCGGUAUAAUCAGUAUGGUAACGAGUCCAUAUUGUCCUCUGUUAGAUAGGUAUAAUCAGUAUGGUAACGAGUCCAUAUUGUCCUCUAUUAGAUCGGUAUAAUCAGUAUGGUAAUGGGUCCAUAUUGUCCUCAGAAUUUCCACCGUAUUAGAUCUUCACAACUGCAUAGGGGGUAGGGGGCGAUUUGAGAUUUGACGUUAAUUCACAUUUUGGUUGCCCUCCACCUCAGGAGCCUGUAGAUGUUAGGGUGUGAAGGAAUCUGUCUGGGCGUUUCACUAUCAAUCUGAGCCAUGGAAUGUCUCGCUGUGCCUCUAGCAAAUGAGAAGAGCCAGAGCCAUCUACAGCCACACUGAUUGGCCACCUGCUGUGAUACACUUCCCCCUUAGAUCAGAUCCAGAGCUCCUGCUGGUUCCAGGCUGACACCCUCAGAUCCAGAGCUCCAGCUGGUUCCAGUCUGACAACUUCAGAUCCAGAGCUCCAGCUGGUUCCAGGCUGACAACUUCAGAUCCAGAGCUCCAGCUGGUUCCAGGCUGACACCCUCAGAUCCAGAGCUCCAGCUGGUUCCAGGCUGACACCCUCAGAUCCAGAGCUCCAGCUGGUUCCAGGCUGAAACCCUCAGAUCCAGAGCUCCAGCUGGUUCCAGGCUGAAACCCUCAGAUCCAGAGCUCCAGCUGGUUCCAGGCUGAAACCCUCAGAUCCAGAGCUCCAGCUGGUUCCAGGCUGAAACCCACUGCUCAGUCCCAUGGCUUCAGUCACGACACUCCAGACCAGCCAAACUUAACCAAGCAGCUACAUUUUCAUUAUUUCAACGUCAUUUCAACCUCCUUAGCUACCACUCAGCUUCUGCUUUGAUACCUGUCGGUAGAUUUCCCACCUUUAAAGUCACCUUAUCAUGAGGCAGACGUACUAUAGUGGUGUACUCUGUCAGUUAGCCAGUGUUGCAGCAACACUAGCCUAGGUUCCAGUCUGUUUAUGCCCUCUUACCAACUCCUUAUAGAAUUGUCAUGGCUUGGGAGUUGGAAAGAGCACAACCAGAUCUGUGAUCAGGCUAAUGACACACAGGGACAAAUCAAACUGCAAGUGAUGAUCUGUAAGUGUUGUCUCCUGUGCAAACCUUAUCCCAAGAUGCACAGCCAGGGGUGGGUAGAAAUUAUUACUCUGUCUGUGGCAUUUUGGUGGAGGAGCCAUUAAGGAAGUCCCAUUGAAGUCAUAGUGAGAUCGGCUACGACAUGUUCUGGCUGUGGUAGGAUCGAGCUCUGUCUUCAAGAUACUGUUUUUAUUUAUUCCAUCGAUUAUGAUUCUAAGGCAAGUUAACCACUGUGAGGACUCUUCAGGGUUACUGAUGAGGUAACGAACCGGGCAAAACACAGACCACAAUGUAGGCGCGGCUUCAAACAGGAAGUGGGCAGAACCUCUGUCUUGUUGUGAAUGUAUACAUGACCACUGCUCAACACUCACCAUGUGCUAUCUAUCUUUUCUAUUUCUUCGGAGGGAGGCACCAUUGGACUGGAUAUGCCACAGCCUCACACUACAACCAUUCUUAUUGCACUCAUCCUUCUUGAAUGAACUCUGAGAUGCAUCUUAUUGAAUGGACAUGUUUUUCUAUUUCUGCAUUUAGUUUGACCACUGAUGUGAAGGGACAGCGAGUGACUGACAUCUACAGAACAAGCAUGCAGAGAUGACCAGAUAUAACUGAGCAGUCCAUUCACUUCACUGCCUAUUCUUUUUGUUCUGCAAUAGAGUACAGGGUUGGGCUCAGUUCCAUUUCAAUUCAGUCAAUUCUGGAAAUAAACUGAAAUUCCAAUUCCCCUCAUUGAAAAGCAUUGAGGAACAUUUGAAUUGAAGUUUGGAAUUUCAGUCCUAAAUGGUCUGAAUUGUAAUGGUACUGAGACCAACCCUGAAUAGAAGUACUACAUCAGCACUGUAAUCUCUCAUUGUCAUUCUUCGUAAUGACAAUAUAAUCAUGAUAUUGUAUUCCUCUGGAAUUAUUGCUAGACAUAACUGUAAACCUUUGUAAGGAAUGAAGCUGACUUUUACACUGAAAUAAUAAAUGCAACAUAUGAUUAUCACA